UGUCUGCCGUUGUUUGUUCUCGACUUCAACUUCGUGCGCCUUGUUCAGUCAUGCGCUGCUGUUGCUGAAGAACACUGGUCCGUUGAGUCGUUGCAAAUCCCACCUGAUCUGUUCCAAGGUUAUUCGACCCACGGUUCCUUCAUUCCACAACCUAUCGGACAUAGGACGACUGUAGUAUACGCUACUUCUUAUCUGCUUGGCAGUAUCACUGUCUGAUCCGUCGACCCUAUCCGCACCAACGCGACGGUCCCCCCAUCUUUAUUUUCCAACAGAAACUCAUCAUGGAGGACGGUGGCGCCGACCUAAACGUGCCGGCGAAAGGUGACUCGCCUUUACUGCGCGCAGCCGCAGGCGACGACCUAUCCGACGUGGACGAGCUCACAGAUUCCUCCGACAACUACUACUCACCACCUGGGUCGCCUGGGAGGCUGUCCCGGAGUCCAUCAUUCUCGUAUCAGGAUGAUUGGGAGACCUUCCCAUCGCUUGACCAGCUCUCGGUUUUUGACCUGCUCGACAACCUGUCCCUUUCGCAGCGGCUGGAAAAGCUCCAGCAAACAAUCAAUGCGCAGAAAGAAAAAGUGAGGAAACAACGCGAGAAACUGAGAUAUACUUCUAUAAAUGCAAAGGAUCGCGUCGUGGGCGAAUGGAAAAAGCGGGUUCCCACGGCCGACGAGCGCCUCGACAAGUAUCGCCGGCGGAUGAAGGUUGGAGUUGAGCGCCUGGGGAAGCAAUGGAAUGAAGCGGCCACAGUUACCCUGCGCGAAAAAAUAUCCUUCAUCGCAGGUGUCCUCAACAUCUUUAUCAGUGGUUAUCUCGUCGGUGCCCACCCAGAGUAUUUCUACAUCUGGUUCAGCGCGCAACUGGCGUACUUCAUGCCCAUUCGGUAUUACCGGUACCACAAGAAGGGGUAUCAUUAUUUCUUGGCCGACUUAUGCUACUUUGCCAAUGUGCUUUGUUUGCUGAGUCUCUGGGUCUUUCCAGGCUCGCCGAGGCUCUUUAUCAGCACCUUCUGCUUGGUGUUCGGGAACAAUGCUGUUGCAAUUGCCAUGUGGAGGAAUUCCAUGGUGUUUCAUAGCAUGGAUAAGGUUGUGAGCCUUUUCAUUCACAUUAUGCCUCCAAUGACCUUACAUUGCCUCGUUCACUUGACCUCAGCCGAAACAUUGAAAGAGAGAUUCCCAGCCGUGUAUAGCAUCAAGUUCAGUGACCCUGGAUCUCCAGAGCACUUCUCUCUUCUGUCUAUGAUGGGCUGGGCGACCGUUCCGUACAUAGUCUGGCAGCUCGCAUAUCACUGCUUUAUCACCGUUCGUCGAGCAGAGCAAAUCGCUGCUGGGCGGCCGACCAGUUUUACAUGGCUUCGCAAAUCCUACUCGAAGGCAUGGAUUGGCAAAAUUGUCCUUAGUCUUCCGGAGUCACUACAGGCCCCCGCGUUUAUGCUGAUCCAAUAUCUCUACGCGAUGCUGACUAUGAUCCCUUGUCCGCUGUGGCUCUGGUAUCGGUGGGCCAGCGGAGCCUUCUUGACCUGUUUGUUCAUUCUCAGCAUUCACAACGGUGCAACCUAUUAUAUUGAUGUGUUUGGCAAACGCUUCCAGAAAGAAUUGGAGGAGCUGAAGAAGGAUGUCGCACGCUGGCAGUCGUCUCCCGAAAACAACGCUACGCUUGCCGGCCCUGAUGAGAACGCGACUACGGGAGCGCAGGCUUCGAAAGACUCGACAACCAGUGCAGCUAACAACGUCUCUAAUCAGUCUGGUAUUGACAAAAUUCCUCCUCUUGACUCCAGCGCUGCCUCGACGGGCGUGCAAGAGGCGGGCGACUCAUCGCUGCGUGAAAGGAAAUAGCGAGCUACAUACUUUUUGAGUACUCUUUAUAUUGGUAUCUUCUCAGCAUUUGCUUGUGUUUCUCUCUUUUUUCUUACCGUUUCCCCCUCUUUUUUUCCUUUUUUUGUCUUUCGUUUUUACGUAUUUUCAGCUCGCCCUUUUUCAUCCACCUGCCAAUAUUGAUUAAAUGCGUUGAUACCCAACCCUACCACCAACCUCGUGUUUUUCUAUUUCUACUUGGAGACCUAUAUAAUUCUUGAUCUGUUAGAUAUAUGUCUGCUGUUGUCAAUAAUGGUAUAAAGACUGAA